UUAAUCAUACAGUGAAGUCCUGGAUGGAGCUGAGGCCACUUCUUUCCAGCCACAGGAUAUUGACCUAUUUUCCCCUUCUUAUCUGUGUGCAAAAUAUUUGUUGUACUUAGUGUGUUCUCCCUGUCACAACGAAUGUUUGUCUCUCCCUUUCAUAUGAACUGAAUGCUAAAGUGCUAGUUCAGUCAGUGGAAGAAACAAUGGAGAAGAAAAGUUGCAAGAGAUCAUGGCCAAAAUGGAGGUGAAAACAUCACUUCUGGACAAUAUGAUUGGAGUUGGAGAUAUGGUUCUUUUAGAACCGCUCAAUGAGGAGACCUUCAUCAACAACCUCAAGAAGCGUUUUGACCAUAGUGAAAUAUAUACAUACAUUGGAAGUGUGGUUAUAUCUGUUAACCCAUACCGGUCCUUGCCCAUUUAUUCACCAGAGAAAGUGGAAGAUUACAGGAAUAGGAAUUUUUAUGAACUGAGCCCUCACAUCUUUGCCCUGUCAGAUGAAGCAUACAGAUCUCUACGAGAUCAAGAUAAAGACCAAUGUAUUCUCAUUACUGGGGAGAGUGGAGCAGGAAAAACAGAGGCCAGCAAGCUUGUUAUGUCCUAUGUGGCAGCUGUUUGUGGAAAAGGAGCAGAAGUUAAUCAAGUCAAAGAACAGCUUUUACAGUCCAACCCAGUCCUGGAAGCUUUUGGAAAUGCCAAAACUGUAAGGAAUGACAACUCUUCUAGAUUUGGCAAAUAUAUGGAUAUUGAAUUUGACUUUAAAGGCGAUCCACUGGGAGGAGUGAUAAGUAACU